AUGACGAUCCUGGCCGCUCCCGCUGAGGUUUUCGCUGGCAUAUUCUUUGGAACUGUAAUGGGAUUUUUGCUCCACGUCCUACCGAGAAAAGAAGUGAAAAACCUACACCUUAUUCGUCUAUCGCUUUUGUUCACAUUUUCCACCGCCAUUCUUUUUGCUACAAUUAGAUAUGGUGUGGACGGUGCAGGAGCCAUAGCAGUCUUGGUGGCUGCAUUUGUUGCCGGUCACUCAUGGAAGAAAGAAGGUCCCCUUCCCGAGGAGGAUCAUCUUGCCAAUCUCUGGCACCUUGCCUUUCAACCGCUUUUGUUUGGCCUAAUUGGAUUCGAACUCAGCUUUGAAAUGGUGCAGUCAAAUACCAUAUUUUUUGGGUGUCUUGUGCUUGGAAUCGGCUUGACGUUUCGUUUUAUCGCUUCUUUCUUCGCCGUUUUUGGUACUUCCUUCACCAUGCGUGAACGUUUCUUUGUGGCAGUGGCCUGGUUACCCAAAGCGACUGUGCAGGCGGCUUUGGCUCCAGUGGUCUUGGAUAUGGCUAGAUCAAAAGGCGAGAUCGAACCUAGUUAUGUCGACAAUGGUGUUGUGAUUUUCACCAUCGCCGUACUAAGUAUUCUGAUAACGGCUCCAGUAGGCGCUUCCUUGAUUCGUCUGGCAACACCUCUGUUGCUGACCAAAGAGCUGACCAAGGAUCAAAAAAGUAGCAAAGAAGCGGCUGAAGACGUUGAUGAUUGUACUAGUUCUCACAGUGGUACAGAUUGA